CGAGCGUGCAACGCGCGUUGCUGCAGCCGAUUAGGCGCCGCCGCCCGUCCGCACCGCCGCGCCGCCACGACAACAACAACAACAACAACAACAAAUAUAAGUUCAGCCGGUCGCCGGUCGCUCCGACACUCUGCUGCCGACGCUCCUGCCGCGAACAACGUGUUACAACGGUGAGUUUAAUAUUUUUUUUUUUCAAUAUAUUUUUUUUUUUUUUUCUCUAAAAGUUUGAAUAACGCGACAUAAUAUCGCGCGCGAUCUCAUAUUUUUCACGCGCGCUGACCGCGGUAUUGCUGCGCGGGGCUGACGGGACAGGGUUUAUUAUUAUUAUUAAUAUUAUAUUUUUUUUCGUCGCGUUUUAAAUACACCAAACGACGAUAAUGUAUCGUCACCCCCGAUACAUUACGCGUUUUUCGGUUUUUAAACGGUUCGCAAUUUAUUUAUAAUACAUUUAUUUUGUUUUUCGCACUUUUUACCAUUUUUGUUUUUUUUUUUUGUUUUUGGUUUUUUCGUCGUCGAGGGGAUUAUUAUUCUGCGCGAUGACACGCGCAGCCGUCCCCCGUUUUACGAACGACUGCACAUAGACGAAUGUGCGUUCGUUGCGCCGUUGGUUUUCAACGUCGUUACACACUCGAAAGACGAGUGCGCGCUUCGGUUUUUUUUCUCCGUUCUCAUUUUCAAACGAGAACAUAAAUGUCGGUAUUCCGCACGGGUAUACGCGUAUCGCGCUUAACGCGAUUCGGAUACCGCGAACAAAAAAAAAAAAAAAAAAACCGACGCGGUUGCGCCGGAUGCCGUGCUUGCGGUUCAAGUUUACUGGACGAUACGACACGCGAAGUGUGAUAAUUCACUGCAACGUUAAAUCUGUUACAGCGCAAGCGGUUAGAGCCGAAUGCGCCGAACGCUAAUUCGCCGCGCCGUGCGUCUGUAAGACCGUACAUCACGUCAUCCUCGCGCGGGUGAGGCAUUCAUCUGCCCGUCGGGUUGGUUCGCCACCGUGUGCGAGAUUCAAUCCGAAUAGCGCGGCGCGAGUUGACGCAGACGAGCGUCUAGGUUUUCCAGCCGACCGAUUGUCCAGCAACGGUUAUACUUGUCCCACCCGACUACUACCGAAUUCCCGGCCGUACAUCAAAUCGCAACGCGUUUUACUCGCGUAAAGUCGUCCGUUCGCAGCGCGUGUUGAUUUUACCCGUCUUUACGCCGUCGUAGUAACCGUCCCCGCUUUCUCAUUUCUCUUUCCCGCGGUCCGGCAACGUUCGCGUUCGGCUUUCGCGGGCCCGGCGUCGUCUGCAAUUCACGGAAACCGUUUCGGAAAACACCCGCCGACGGCCGUGCGCCCAACAGUGUCGCACGACGCGCCGGGUAACGGUCGACGGGCGCCUGCAGGUCGCGUACCCCCCGGCGUUUCAGCGCGGCCGGUCGCCGCGUUAUUGCGUAUCGUGUGCCGCGGUACAAUUGCCGUUCGGCGACACGCGGGCCCCCGUGUCGUUUGUUUUUUUUUUCAUCGACUCGCGUUUAACGUUUUACGCUCGUCCGCGCAUUCAUUCGACCGCCCGCGCCGUCGACGACGACCGUUCCGUCGUCGCGGGUCAGUUUUUUCUCGCCGUGGCCGAGGCGAAAGCGUCCAAGACGAGACCGAUUCGUUGAGCUCCCGAUAUGAGUUUUCCGCGCGGUGCAGCGCCGCACCCCCUCCCCCCCACAGCGUUUAUCACUGUUCGGGCGGCGACUUUUAAAACCCCGAAAACACUCGGUCGGUGUUUUCCCGGCGUUCCUAAACGCCGGCGCACGACGGACGGACACCCGGCCGGCCGCCCGUAACGAUAUUUUCAAAGUGAUCCCGCCCGCCCGCCGCUGAACAAAAACGAAACGUGGUAAUAUGCGAUAAUGUCAAUGACCGCGGCGACCCGCGUUCGACGCUCAUACCGUUUACGGCCGUCGGGUUUCGCAACACGACAUUUACUACUAUACGUUUUCGACCGGUAAAUAUCGUCGCGUAUUUUUACCGAGCCGCGCAUCUGCCGAAAACCCCUGUGACGACAAUCAAUUUUUUUCAAAAACUUUGCACGGAGAUCCGUUACGACUGUAACGGGGGCUGUGUGCACGGGUCUCAGCGUUAGGCUGUUUUGCGGUUUCGUCCAGUUUCAGAGGCGCGCGUUGGUUGUUAUUGUUCACUAUAUGACGUGGUGGUGGGUUUUUUUUUUUUUUUUUUCGGUUCGUGUUACUUUCCGCCACAUAUGUCGGUUGUCCCAAUCGGACAUUUUUAUGGGCACUUUUUCGUAGCUUUUUUCCAAUCGGUCUGCAGUCGGUGCGUGUCGUGAGCAGGUCCCAAACUGGUCGCGUUCGUUUUGAGUGGCGUACCCAACGCCAGCGUCAGACCUAGACAGGGACAGUAACCCGUAAUGCCGAAAUUGCGACACCGUAUUGAAUUUUUUUUUUUUUUUCACGUCAGUCGAGCGAUCUGGACGAACCUGUGCGAACGCGUCGGUUUUGACGACAUUCGAAUAGAAAAACCAAACGUUACUUGUAUUGUUAUCAUUAUUAUUAUUGUAUUGUAAUAUAAUUUUUUAUCGGCGCAUUUUUCUAUUUGUCGGUGUGGCGGUACGAGACGGGUCUCGUUUGGAAUACAGUCCGUAUUUUUUCCCACACGCACGCGCACUGUACUUUGUAAUCUCUAUACGUCGUGUUUCACACGAUUUUAGUUCGUUCCGUCGAAGGUCGUUACAAUAUUACGCUGUACUGCGAUACAGACGAUGCGUGUGUGUGCCUUUUUUCUCGGACAUUGGCGAACGAUAGUUUUCGCGAGUUAUUCCGUUGUCUCAGCGGACGACGCGGCGGCACGGCGAGAACGUAGAUAAAAAAAAAACAAAAAAAACAACGAGAAUCUCGAAACUGUAACAUAGGCGAUUGGUUCAGGUGUCCGCGCUGUGAGAUUGCGCGCGGAGGAUUACUCGUAUCGCCGCGGUCCAUAAAAACCUGUUUGUUUGCCGACGAAAAAAUAAUAAUAUUGUUGGGUAGCCGCGCUGGAUACGAAACGCGCGAAUCUAAUGGUUUCACGGUUACCUACAGCGAUGACUAUGCUGCGCGAGCUGUACGAGAUUUAUUUUGAUAAUACAUCACGGUGUACAAUAAUAACAACAACAACGACCUCGGGGGAUAAAACACAUAUUAUUAAUUCGAACGCAAAUUGCAAAUAAAUAAAAAAAAAAAAAAAAAAAACCCGGUGAAAUUAAACUCGACUAUAAAAGGUUUAGGCGUGCGUUUUUCGAAUUUCAAUUGAAUCAAUUAUCAAUAAUUCCCGGUGUAUUCGAAUUUUACUGUCGUCGGGGCGUAGGCGUGUCUGUUAGUAUUUACAAUAUCCGGACGUUUAUUUGUCUGGUCGCGAAAAAAAAAAAAAAAACGUGUUCACACAUCUUACGACCUAUUAUUAUUACUAUUACUAUGGUAUGAUUUUUUUUUUUUUUUUUAGAUUAACAAUUAUAUUGCCACCGAGCAUUACGUUUGUAUUAGUCAUAAUUAUUCGUCGCGGACUUUGCGUCGUCGUUGUAAAAAUACCGUACAGGCAAUCGUACUCAUAGAGUGUAUUAGCAAUUUAUGAACCGAUUCGAAUGUUAUAGAACCGCUACUCAUCGUUUUCGUGUAAUUAUAAUAUUAUUCCACUCAAAAAUUAAUAUUGCCAUUAUUCACUUUUCAAGUAACCGUUUUUUUAAUGUACGCAGCGCAAUUAAACAACACGGGCAAUUAUUACGUCUCGUCCCUCUCGCGCAAUAAUAUACCUUAACGAUUGAUUUGCACGGUCUUUUUCAGCGUCGGGCGAGCUCGGAUUUUUUAUUAUUAUUAUUAUUAUUAUUUUUUUUUUUUUUGUAAUCGAUUCCGAUCAAACUUAAAAGUCGAGCGUUUACUCGUUUAAAGUGGAGCGGACCGAACAGAAUUUGUCGGAUCAGUCUCGACCAAUUCUACAUUAAACACAGAUCAUAAAUUUUAGUAUUGCACUAAAAAUCUGUUUUUGUAAAUUUAAACCGUCAAUCAUUAUGGAUCUUAUCGAAAGUGUUUGGCUUAGAAGUACCUAAUCGGUAAGUGUCUGGUCGUUACGUUUAUUUGUUUAGACAAAUAAACAGUCGAGAUUUCGAACAACUUUAGUUUUGUUUAUUAGAUCUUGAGCGAAACGAGUAACGUAACAGUUUUACAAUGUCGUGAUUUUAUGAACAAUUUUUUACAUAAAAUCUUCCUCCGGCCUGAAACAAUCGUAUAGAAACUUUCUUGUAUCAUUUUUUAAUCCAGUCGGUGCAUCCGGGUGGCCAUUCAUUGAUUUUCCUUGUAGUUUUCUUUGAUGAACUGUGAAAACUAGCAAUUUUAAAGGUAUAAUUUCUGUUGAAUUCUGAUUUAUCUUUUGGCAACAAGAGAAAAAAUUCUUAGCUUGAAACCGUUUUUUGUCAGCAACUGUUGAUUUUUGCGUAUAAAUAUAAAUAUAAAUUACUUUACAUAUUAUCCUACUAACCGGCUUCCCUCCUAAAAUAAGCGCACGCCCAUCAGCAGCAGCAUUCGUUUUUUUUUUUUUUUUACUUAACGAGAAUCUAUAAAUUAUUUUUAUAUAUGUGUUCGAAACGUCGCAUCUUGUUUAUGUUCACGAUUAUUAUUUUGUCUGAAAGCGAUAUAAUUUUAGAAUUUUUGUAUUAUGUUAAUAGGACGUUUGCCAACUUGUUCUUUGAUUGACUACAAGUUAAUGAUACCGUUUAAAACAUUUUUUUAUUUUCAUAAAUUUAAUAUUCUGUUACAUACUUGCAUUAUACUAUACUGCAGCAUAUCAUUUUUCCUCUCAUUCGAUGACGAUUUUUCUGUUGAAACAAUCAUUUGCAUACCGGUUGUUUUUCCGGGGUUUGUCUUGUAAUAAUAUUAUAUCCUGUUUUCAAAUCAACAUCUGUUUGCGGGAAAUUAAAUUCCGAUGGAGCGUAUUUUAAUUUUCACCGGUACGUACUCCUAAACGAACUGUUUCGAGUGAAAAUCAACGUCAGACAAUGAACGCGCGUGUUUAAAUUCUGUUCCGAACGUCUUUAUGUUGUCUCGAUAGUUAAUUCAUAAAUCCAUAAAGCAAAACAAAAAAAAAAAAAACGUACAUAAUUAAUUAUAGAUAAUUUUUUAUAUUGAUAGUUAAUCGGACGGGUCGAUAAAAUAUGUUCGCGUGAUAAAUAUAACUGUACAAGUUUAUUAUUAUUAUUAUUAUUAUUUUUUUUUUGUUAUUUACCAAUAAGUUUCAACAGUAGUAUAAUUUAAUCGUUUUAAUCAUUUUUAUUUUUUUUUUCUUGUUGCAUACGUAUAUUCUUUAACUAGAUGUACUGAAACGGACGUCUAAUUAAAUUUUUUAUCGAAGCGUUUUGCCAUAAUAUACCUUUAAUGUCGACGGGGUUUUGUUAAAAGGGCGUCUGUCAAAGUUCUUUUUUUUUCCAGGAAGCAAAAAAAAUUAUUUCGCAAAAAGACAGCAAAACAGUUUUUAAUGAUGUUUGUCAUGGAAAGCAAUAACAUUACUCGUAUGCACACGGCACCUCUUGUACACAAAGUGUGCAUGCGUUGAAUGUGGUUAAAACAAAUCGGGGUUGAUUUAAUUAUAUUUUCAAAGGGCGCCUGGAUAUAUUUUAUUCGACAUUACCAACUUAAUUUUUUGUAUUUAAAUAUGCUCUAUUACCAGUUACGUUCAUGAUUUUUUUGAUACCAAAAACGUAUUUUUCGAUUUUUAACGGUGCACGCCGUUUUAGGAAAACACCGUCGAUAUUGUACGUAGGUUGCAUACUUGUAGUUUACGGAAAGCAGUUUUUUUAUUUAGGUACACGCAUAUUACCGUGUUCAAUGAUGUGGUUUAUGUGCGGCAGCGUUUCCGCACUUUUCACAGGACGAUUUAACCAGUCGUUUGUCACGGAUUUUUGAACAAACCGAUUUAGAACCGUGUAUUAUAUUUCUUUGCUCGUAAACACAUAAAUACGCCGAGAAACUUAUUGAGAUUGUUACAACAUAAAAUUUAUGUUAAAAUACUUUUUCAUAUUGGUUAAAAGCGAUAUAUAUAUAUAUAAAUGUAUUUUUUAAAACAAUUGAAUUUCGUCGUCUUUCUCCCAAUGCCUGGUGUAAAUUGACGUUUUACUGGUGUAAGACGACGUAUGGAAUUGACUGUGUAUAGAUAGAUUCCUGGUAGAUUGCAGUCUACCAGGUCAAAUUAUUUUUUUAAACUGUGUAGCGUGUACAAAUGUACAUAAUGUAUAUUACAUUAUUACCGUAUUAUAUUACCUAUGUGUCAUCCUAUUCGCGACAGCUUGACCCGGUAGAUGAUAUUUGUACCGUUUUGAUAUAUACGUACCAGACACGAAAAGUGUACGCGGUAAAAUUAAUAGGCUUACAGCACGGGUAAUACUCGUUAAUUUUUUUUAUAAAUAUUAUAACCAAACGGUUUUUAGAAAACUUUUAUUUAAAAAUGUCUGAUGAUUUCACCAAUAACAGAAAUUCAUACGGAAAAUCGUACUUUUCUUAUCAGAACAAUUUUCAAUCGGUGGAUAGUUGUUUUUAACAAUACACCAUCAUUAUAUCGGUUUCUGGUGCAAUAUCGAAUUUUACGUAUAAUCUAUCCCGGGUCGUCGCCGAAUCGCUAUUUUAUUUACAAAACAACAAAAAAUAAUCGACUUAGUUUUCAUUUUAUUUUAUGUAUGCAUGUAUUAUUACCGCAUUACUGCAGUUUAGUAAAUAAACAGGGUGAUCAGAAUUUUAUGUUACAGCGAUUUUCUCCUAUAAGUAUACUAAAUAGAGAUAAACGUUUAGUAAAAAGGUUGUUCGAUUUAUAAACAUCUAAAAUAAUUUGUGUAUUUAUUUCCUGUCUUUUUUGUUGGGGUUUUGGGUGUAAACUUUUGAAAUUCAAAUGGGAAUCUAUGUUCAAAAUUUCAUAAAUCUAAUAUGCAGUAUUAGUUUGAAUAAAUGUCGGUGUUGAAAUUUGUAAUUUCCGUCAACUCGUUGACGAGAUAUUCCACUUUUUAAUUUAGGGUAGGGGACGAGCAGUGGAACUGUGGAACAUUAUGCACUUGCGUAUAACGGCGCGGUGUUUGAAUAGCGUUCCAUAGCUCUCCCCUAAACUCUAAAGUGGAAUAUCUCGUCAAUUUUUUUACGAAAUUUCGAAUAUAGGGUCCCGUUAGAAUUUAAAUAUUUUACUUGCAAAACCCAACCAAAAAAGACAGAAAAAAUACAAAAAAAAAUACAUAAAAAUUAUUUUAGAUGUUUAGAAAAACGUUUUUAUUAUACAUUUUUAUCUGUUUCGUAUAUUUAUUGGAGAAAAUUGCUGUAGCAUAAUAUUCUGAUCGCUCGUUUGAUAAAUCUAUACAUAUAAUACCGAUAAUCGAACGCAUUCGUAAUAUAUCUGCAUUUCGGUGGUAUUCAAUCUGAAAAACGCGUAGGUUUGUUUGGUUUUUUUUUUUCUCAACUACGGCGACAUAUAUAAUAUAUUAUGCUAUUUACCACGCGUUUGUAAAUCCAUAUGUAUCUACAUAUAACAUUUAAUAGUUGCGGCGUGCCUAUUAUAAUAAUUGCGCGAGCACGAAUUAGGAUAUAGCCUCCAAAAAAAAGUUAUGGCGACGCGUGCGUUUUCGUAUGCAAAAUACCGACCGAAAAUCUCGUGAAUUCCGCGGCCGCUAUAGCCUCAGGAUGGAAGUAUAUGGAAGUAUAUUAUAUUAUAACAUGUAAGUCACACCUGGUCGUCCUUCGAGCCACUGCUGUAGGAUGACCCGAAUGUCGGAUUACCAAUCUAUUUUCUCUCGUUGGCGGCUUAAACAAUAAUAAUAAUAAUAACAAUAAGUUUGUACCUAUAUAUGGGAAAUAAAUUGCAGGUUUCGACGGACGAGUGUAGGAAAAAUGUGUAGAGAUUUACCUCCCCCCCUCUAUGACUUUUUUCCCUCUCUUGAACAUUUAUUAUAUUACCCAUAGAUAUACUAAAAAAAAAAAAAAAAGUCUCGUUAUAAUAUACGAAUCGCUAAAUGCAGAAAUGCAUUUUUUGUUGGGCAAAAAUGUUCAAAUGUUUCAAAUGUUAACAUUUUUCAAGAAAGACAAAAACUUCUCAAGUACCUAGAGUUUUAUGAUAUUUUGUUUUUAUUUUUAUUUUUUUCAGAAAUAAUUUGUUUUUUUGUGUUUCUUGUAAAAUUUGAACCGGUUUUUGAAAUUUAUUUCCCUUCUGAAUAAUAUAUAUUAUAGCCUCUUUUGAAUACCCACACGAUAUUUAUUUUUUAUUUUACCAUACCGAUGAUGAUCUAAUAUACCUAUUGCACACGAAGGUCACUGCUUCCAUUUUUUUUUUUUUUUAAUGUGCAGCACAAUCGUGUACUUAUAUUAUUUUUAAAAUAAUUGCGUUGUGUUAGCAACCAACGUUACCGGGCCUACUAUUAUACAUUAUCUAAUUUGUAAACAACACGAUUACGUAUACUAUUUAUACAAUGUUAUUUUUAAUAGUCAACCAUAAAUUGUAUAGUAAUUUGUAUAGUGAAUUUUUUCGUUUUGUCCGUUCGCAGAUAUACAGACUACGCCAAACGAAAAAGUUAAUUAAUUAAUCGCAACAAUUUCGACCGACAACCGACAAGAUGGCCAUCACGAAAAUCACAAUGAUUAAAUUCCUGGAACUCGUAAGUACUUUUUUUUUUCAUUAUACAUAAUACACAUCCCGCCCACCGUCCCAAAGAUAAAAAAUAUUAUGUAAGGUCGCUUUUAAAUAAUUGAUUACGGGUACAGGUUCGUUGCUUUUUCUUCGGCGGUCGAACAUAGCGUGUAAAUAUUCCAUUAAUAUUGUCGUAUAUUACGGUUUUUUUUUUUUUGUUUUUUUUUUACCACAAAGGUAUAUUAUUCGCGGUAGUACCGGCGCAGUUGGCACGAUUACGAUAAUAAUACAUUAUAAUAUCAUACAAUGCGAUAUUAUUGUGAUCAGCGGUCGAAAACCGCCGCGCCAGUGUUAUUUGUUCGAAGAAAGUUUUUUUUUUAUUACUAUUAUUAUUAUUAUUAUUUUUUUUUUAUGAACCUGUCAACUUUCGAGUACCUACACUGCAGUAGUCGUUGUUCCACAUUAUCUAUAUAUGUCGAAAAUAAUUGAAACGCGUUCGCAUUGCUAAUAGCCUAACACAUGAUAUAUAUCCUUUAUCGUGAUUUCUUUUAUAAUAUUAUGGCGUUCGUAAACCGUAAACACCGCAUACAUACCCAAAAAAACGUUUAACGGCGCACAAAUCCAUUGACCCUGUCGUACGUACUUUCUAAACGAAAACAAAAAAAAAAAAACCUCCGAAUUCCCGAACCUCGUGUCGCGUCCUUCUAGAAGAUUCUUUUUUUUUUCUACAUUAUGACGUAGGUAUACUGAUAUUGCAUAAUACACACGCAGAGGAUAUUUCGUUAUUUUGUUAAAAUAAUGAAAAAACGGUUAAUAAAAAAAAAAAAAAAAAAAAAACCAGCGAAAAAGCCAUAGUUUUAUCUCGGUAAAUUCUCUUUUCGGUUGUAGUAAAAAUGUACCAAAUUAUUCACCUCGAAUUAUUUUUCUAGAUUACCAACAGUUUUUCUUAAAACUAAAAAGAAUUAUAUUACAAGCAUUAUAUAACUUAAAACAGAUUGCCUAGCUACCAAUUAGUAUUGGUUUACUGUAAUGCGUUUUUUUGUUGUGUCGUCUGCAGUAAACAACUUUUCUACCAUAAAUCUUGGUUAAAUCAAAACCUUUACUGCAACUCUUGUAGCAUUUUUUUUUUUUAUCUAGUUGGUGAAUUGAGGAGUUUAUUUUUUGAUUUUUCUCGUAGUUUUCUUAUUAAAUGGGAAAAACUGGACAUUUUUUGCGUAAUUUUUGUUGAUUUCUUGGUUACCGUGACAACAAGGGAAAUAUACUACAAAUAUAAUAUUCUUCACAGAAUCGUUUUUCGUUAGUAACGGUUUAUCGUACAGAUAUAAAUUAAAUUACUCUAUGCGGUCUCCCUUCCAACGUCUCUCAUAAAACAAUGGCACACCCAUCAGCAGUCUCUUUCAAUUUCAAUCGACGCUUUCAGUAUAAAUCACUCGCCAGAGCCGUAACAAGGCUUUUGAUUUUCGCGUUAUUUUCUGGGAUGAGUUCUUUGCCAGAGUUAGUAUUACCCGGGCUACAGCUUAGAAAUUACCCUGUUCUUACACAAUCCUCCACCUUCCAAACUUCUCCGGGGCCUACCCAUGGUGCUGAGUGCGCGUGUCCGGUUCUUAUUCUAAGUAUUUGAACAGCGUUAUACGGCGGCCGUUGCGGCAAACCAUCACCGAUAUUUUCAAACAACGCAGUAGGUCUGUUCGUUUUCAAAAGUUAGUGUUUGUAUUAGUGUUGCGAAAUUCGGCGUAUACAUAAUUCGGCAACGCGAUGUACCCACCAGAUCUGUAAUACUUUUUCUAAACGCGCUUUUGGCCGUGGUACGCCGGCCGUGGAAAAGCGCACGAUUUCGUUUUGAAAACGAACAAAACUGUAUUUGCAUACUUAUCGCUAAAUUAGCCGAGCACUUUGGCUAUUGGCCCGUUGUCAGCAUUAACGGUUUACUGUUCGGGCGACGGUUUUAAAUAAUACUGCGCGCUCAAUUACGCGCGUCGAUAUUGCCGCGGAGAAACGUUUUUUUUUUUCUUUUUUCUUUUUUCCAACUACUGGAUACCGACACAAUUCAUAUAACGAGCGUGUAAUACGCCCGCGGUAUUUUGAAAAGCGAUGGGAACCGUGAUGGAUUCGACGUAUAUUAUUUGUCCACCCAGCAGCCGUAGCAACAGUAUUCGCGGUACUCGCGCGCGUUCCGGAAUAUUUACGCGGAUACGCUACUCGACUGAUUGGUGAUUCGGGGCCGCCCGCCUGCGGUGUACCUGCCGGCCGUGAUGUGCGACGUAUUUAUCACGCUAACAACGAUUGCGCGCUCCCGUCGAUAUCCGUUUUCUCCGCGCCCUGUCCGGUCGUACAGGCGCGCGAUCGUUGUGUUUCGCACCGGGGCACACUCGCGCACGAUUGUCUUAAUUCCAUAUAAUUGGGGGGGGGAGGAGGAGGAGGAGGAGGAAGGGGGGCGCCUGUAGUUCAAACGAUAUUUGCCGCGAAGAGUUAUAGCGAUUGUGUCGUAGUAUUAUUCGAAUGUCUCGGUAUUGGAUUGAUUGCGGGGGCGUAUGUGCAGUAGUCCGGCGGUUUUUUUUUUCGGUCGGAUUUCCUCCGAAAACUGCGUCUGCCGGGGCACUGUAUCGUGUCCGUUAUAAAUUAACUACAACGCACGUUUUUCCCGUUACUUUUCGGAUACUUUUAGUGACUCUCUACGGACCACAGAUGAGCUCGGACUCUGGAGUUGUUUUUAUGGGUGAUAAAAGUUGCGUUGAACAUCAAUAUGAUAGAUUUCACCGUGUUGUUGCGGGAGGAGGGUGGUUUUCGGCUUCGAACAUCCCUACAGACCGCCCGAAUGAAAACCGAGGGAAGACAUUCUGUUGUACUCGCGUCCUAAUAAAUAGUAUCUUGUGGGUUUUGACUUUCGAUUCCUCUUCCCCACUCAAAUUUCACAAUUUAUUCGUAAUAGUAAUAUAUAUUUUUAUUAGGAUUAAUCUAAAAAUAAUUUUCCUAUAUAAUUUAAAAAAUCGGCGGGAAGGUGGGUAAAAUUCGAUUCUAGUGGCGGUGCUCUGCUGUUCUAGGGUAUAUAUAUAUUUGUUUUCAACAAUACUUUUAUUACAUUUUGGAAAAAGAAAAAAAUUGACAAUUUUCACAUACCUAUUAUCACACCGAAAUUACCGUUUUAAAACUCCGCGAUGUUAAUACGUGUGUUAUUAUUUCUUAGAUACGAAAUAUUUCUCUCUCUCGUAUACGAUGACCGGUAUACGCGGUCGCAAUUAUAUUUUCAGUAAGUCGUCUUGCCGGAAUUGUUACUCAAACAUUUAUAGUCGUCUGUUAAGUGUUUAUUACAUUUGUGCAGAGGAAAACGUCCUUACUCGAACAGUUUAAUAAUCGUCUUAAACGACGACGGUACGUCCCUUUUAACGGAUAUUUUAUUAUACAUUUUAUAGUUUACGAUUAUAAACAAUUGCACUCGAAUAUUGUGUCGGUCAGCUAUAAUUGGGGGGGGGGGUUAGUCUAAAGUGGAGUUUAUCGAUAAUUAUAUAGUCUGUGUAUACACGGUAUAUUAGUAUUAUUUAAAUUAUAGGCACUUGCACUGUACGUGGAAGGUAUGCAUUAUGUUAUAAUAGUGUAGAGACAUUUUUACACGCGUAUGCUAUGCGAAUAACCCUCGAAGAAAUGAUUUCGAAAUUCGACACUUUCGCUAUGAUAUAUUUUACAUUCCGAUUUUUUUUUUUUGUAAUUUUAUUUAAUAACUACAAUGUGUUUGGUGCGAAAAUAACGUCGUGUGGUUUUAGUGAAAAUACAAAUUGAGUAUCGUUUUUUUUCUCUCUCUUCCGCAAGCAUUAACAUUUUUCGAUGGAUAUCAACGCCGAAACGGGUUGUUUGAAAUAUUAGAUUCUGAGAGUCUCUACUGUAUUUAUUUUUUUUAAAUCGUCAUCAUUUUUUUUUUCUGGAAGAACGUACGUGUUCGAUACAGACGCGUGCGGUAAACAUUAUUUAUAGACAGAUAUAAUUGAACGCAUCUGCUUAGGUUAUACAUUUUACUUUAGAGAAUAAUACGUAAUCCGAUGUGGUGAGACACUGAAACGAUUGCUCAAAUAACAAUUCAUGAACCGUCUGCUUUUUUUAAAACAAUCGCCUUGUGACAAGUGUGACUAAUAAUAUAAUAGUAUAGUGGACUAGUAUGAGAUUGUAUUAUUUUAUAGUCUGUGGCGUAAACUGGCCUGUGCAAAUUAUGUAGACAUGUGGUGGUACAAACCUUUCUUUUUGCACCACUGGAAGAGGUUAGGUGCACUUUAAUUUUGUUAUGAUAUAAUUUUAUGAUGGAACAGCUAUCACAUGUGACAGUGUGAGUGCGUGACACAUACCAACAAAGAAGAGUAGUCGUCAAGUUAAAUUGCGUGAAUUAAAUCCAAUGGCAUUCUUUGUCCACCGUUGUGCUCGCAUAUUGAAUAUAAUAACGUUUUUACUGUUCAAAUAAUUCAAUACUUAUUUUUUAAAGUUAAUUAUUGUAUGUAAACAGUUCUGAACAAUCCGAAAUACCUCCAACAUCUUUGUUUCCCUUUAAGUUUUAUCUAGAUGUCGACAAUAAACUAAUAAAUUGUCGUAAAAUGUGAUAGAAAUGUGUUAAUAAAACUAUACUUCUAGAUUCUAAGCGGAAUGGUGAUGUCAAUUUUUUUUCUGUGAACAACUUUUCUACCAGAAAUUUCGUUCCGAUUUUCAAUUAUAGUACAUUUUCCAAAAGAUAAUAUUUGUAGGUUGAUUUUCCCAUGAGUUUUGUGCAACCAAACUACGCUCAAAAUCGUUUUCCGUUAGCAAUUUAUUUGUUGCGUGCAGAUAUACAUUAACUAUCCCGUCUACCUUCUCAACUUCUCACCAACAACAAUGGCCUACCCAUCGUGCGAAGUAUGUCGGUUUGUUUUUUGUUUUUUUUAAUUGCUUGUCCUUCGAAUGGCCAAUUGUUUUUUGAGGACCCUGACACCGCGGAACCAUCAACGUUUCACUUCACCAACUAACCCACUAGUGGCACGGCGUGAAUGAGCAGCAGCUGCUUCACGACCAUAUUAGGUGGACGGGUGUAUGUGUGGUAAGUCUUAGUUACACCCCACGAUUUUUCUGGGCUUGGAUUGUUGUAUGAGGUUUUUCGCAAUUUUACUAAAAAUUACUUGAUAGGAAAAAUAAACUUUAGGCCACUGCUACAGUAGGUACCUACCUACAUUAUGAUAUUUUAGUCGGGUAUACAUUAGCUGGUAUAAUAUUACACACAGUGCUCGUAGUUAUUACGAAACGCGCGUGGUAUCGUGAAUCAUAGAAUGUGACGAACGUGGAAUAGUAAUCAUUUUUUAAUUUUGAACAACGGGUGCGACGACGACGUCGCGUCGGCGACUUUGGUCGAAACGUUUAAAUAUGUUUAAUGUAUUCUUUAUCGCGCGUGUACAAUAAAAAAUAAAAACUUAAGACCCACGCGUGCUGCAGCUAUAACGCAUAAUAAUAAUAUGUUUAUUAUUAGAAAAAUGAGUGUGACCCAUAUAUGUUAUUAUGUUCGUUCACAAAAUUAUCAUAAAUAAAGAAUUUUAUCACCGAUAUAAUAUACGAUAAUACAAUAUUAUUUUAGAUUAUUAGGUUUAUUAUUUAAACCAUUAUUUACAUGGUUAAAAUACGAUUAUCACCGAUGUUAGAACUGGAGUCGACAUUCCGGGAUAAUAGCAAGACGAAAAUAUGUGUAUGCUGUUUGUUUUUCGAAAGUGAAAAAACGCGUCACUCAUUAUUACCCGUAAUUCUAUGUACUUAACACUUUACGUACGGAGUUCAGUUAUAUAUACUUAAAACGCCGCAAUGUUUACGAUUUUCGUCAAAAAUAGAAAGAAAAAAAAAUUACAUUAAAUUCAACUUAUUCUUGUUGACCAUAAAGUACAACUUAUAAUGAAUAUCCUGUUAAAUUUUCAAGCAUUUCUGUUUGGUGUUUAACAAUUUUAUCCACAGAGGCACCUAUCGAAUAAACAUUACGUAAAAAACUUGCAAAAUUAAAAUGCCUAUAAAUAGCUUAAAAAUGGCUCAAAUGUUUUGAACAUUUUACCACGUCCAUAAAAGGCAAAUAUAUGGAUUUUGUCGUAAUGUCAAGUCUAUACGAACAUUUUUCACUGAAUUGCAACAAAAAAAAAACAAAAUCGAAAAUAAUAUAAAAAAUAUUUUCGUAAACUGUCCUAUCUUUUCUACGAUUUUUCCGGUUUUUCACAAUGACUAUUGAAAUUAAUUUGAAGUACGUUUGUUGAAUUGUAUUUUACAUUUGAAUAUGUGAUGGUUGAAAAAUAAAGUUAAGUAUGAAAGUUACUGAUUUUGUGCAAUGUGAGCAGAUUUCAAGAUAAUUUUAAUUUUUAGUAUAUAGGUUUUGCGUCUCAAAAAAUAAAAGUAACUUAAAAAACCCACGAUUUCCAUCUUUAACAUUUCUUUCAAAUUUUCAACAGCUUAUUAGUUUUUUUUUUUUUUGAAAAACAUUCGGUUAGUACAAAACAUAAUGCUGCGAAUUAUUCACAUCGUACCUACCUUAAACGAUGUGUCUUUUUCACCCGGUUAAUACUUUAUACUUUGUCUCUAAAAAUAUCAAAAAAUCAUGGCAACACAUGUUAAUAUUAUAUCGGCUUUAUUUUUGUUGAUUUCUGGGUAACCUUGGCUAUACAUGGUAUAGAUUCAAUAAAGGGGGAAAAAUCAUACAUUGUAUCUUUUGCUUUUCAAGUAAUAAAUUAUGGCACAUACUUUAAUUGAUGUAAUUAGAUACUUCAAAAGUGAAACCUUUGCAUUUAUAAGACCCUGUGCCAGUGUGUUUUUUGGUUUAAAAACAUGCCUCAUGGAAAAAUGUUUAUUCCUUUUAGUGAUCAUCCGAUAUUAUUUUUAGAACAAUUAAAACUUCCUACAGACCACAUUGUACUUCGCUUUUCAGUAUUUCCAUCUAAAACUUUAUAACGCGUCGUUAAAAAAAGAUCAAGAUUUUGUUAUUUUCGAUACAAUUAUUUGAAAUCAAGUUAUUUCGUUAAGGCCUUCGUGGAUAGUUUUUGGGACGUUUAAAUACGGUGCCUACAUAUUACUACAGUUUACCGAACUUCGCGCAGAAUCAAUUUUUUGAUUGCGAUGGUUUGCCGUUUAAAUCGUAUAAAAUUAAACUAAAUCGCUCUACGCGCAUUCCCAAUAUUUCCCAACAAAACUGUGGGCUUUACUCACUCUUACACACUCACUAACACUGUAUUUCCCGUACGAGGAGCGUAACGGCGGCGGUGUACAAAACACCUGCCUGGCUUUUUCGCUUUCGUUCGCUAAUCGAAAACCGAUGUUCGUUUACACAUUAAAUGUACGCUAUACAACAUAACAUUACGCAACGCCGCAUACAAUGGGAAUUACUCAACGCCUCCUAUAUACACACACACAUAUAUAUAUAUAUAUACACACAUACAUAUAGGUCCGUUUCACAUAAAACUUCGUCUUUAUAACACAAAUAAUAACCUCAACGCGGUGUACGAAAACAUUUAAAUAAUAGUACUGCGUACAGUAUAAAUUACAGGGUGUCUAUAAUUUACUCGUAUAGUUUUUGUAGUUGCCGAUGUCCUACGCAGAUAACGAAAUUCGAGCGAGGUGGGUUUUAUUAUUCCCGGUCUCUCAUAGACCUGCAGCUAUAUUAUUUUCAAACGCGUAGCGCGUACUCGUCUGUUUUACCACGAUACUUGCACGUAACCGUAUGCAGGACCCAUACUUAUAUAUUUUUACAUGCGCCUAUCUAUUACAAUAUCGUGUAGGCAAUAAUGGUUUUUUUUUUUUUUUUUAUUACGACUUUUAGACCGGUGGUUCUCAAACUUGUUCGUCCCGUAGAUCACGUGCCGAUUUUUUCUGGUUUUCGUAGAUUCCAAAUUUUGAUUUUUCACAAACCCAUCAAUUUCGAACGUGUUUUCUUUAAUCGCCGACCAAGGAAAAAAUUAAACAAAUUUUAAAAUAAAACCAUACCAUUCUAAGUCUGUCUGUGUUCGUAUACCUUUAUUAAUUACAUUUGAAUUAUUUAUUUAAUAAGUCUAUGUAGAUAUUAUAUGAAUCGAUAAAUACAGAAAGGGGUACAAUAUACAAAUUUCAAACAUUUUCAACAAAGACAAAAAUACUCAAAUGUCUUUGAAAAUAAUUGAACAAUAAAUCCCACGUUAAUAAUUAAUGUUAUGGUCAUGUCAUGGACACGUCAUAGACAAGACGUUAGACAUCGUAGAUAUUCGAACAGACAUAUCGAAUUUUGAACAUUUUGAACACGUGUCCUUUCUGCAAAUGGCGAUUUGUGUAGUUUUUUUUAUUUAACUCUUUCUCCUAUUCACACAUCUCACACAUCCUCUCCUCCCGCAAUUUUAUAUUUCGCUAACAUGGUCCCCUCGCGGGUCAGAGUCGCCCUCUGGGGGUCACAUACACACACGACUUCGGGAACCUCCGCUUCGGACGCUGUUCACCCGCGACGUUUGAAUAUUGCAGAGCACCUGUAAGGAUAGGUUUUGUAUAAUGUAGGCUGUGUGCGAUGCGACCGGAGUACUUAUUAUAUUUCGAAACAUGGCCAUAAAUUAAAUGCAAAAUAGGUUUACGCGAAUAGAUUUCCAAGUACGCGUUGGAAACGGCCAUGAAUAUUAUUAUAGUUUCGGCACCGUGUACGCAUUGUUUUUAUAUUACGCUGUGCCUACCGCUGAAAGUAUAGUUCAAUAAUACAUAUGUACCUCAUACACUUAAAUACCCGCUGUGUAUAAUUAUUUUUAUUGCUGUCGUAAGUGUUUUAUUUUUUUUUAUUUUGUAUCCACGAUGUGAAAGCUGCGUGGUACGGAUUGAAUAAUGCGAUAUUGCAGUGGACGGGACAGAUCCUUGACACUAUUUUUAGUUUUUUUUUUUAUUUUCUCAUAUUUUCUCCUUAUAUUCCAUACUCGCGAUUUUGUCGUAUUAUUUUCUCGUCGGGUCGACACGAUUUGCUGUAGGUUUAUUACGCUCCUGCCGCUAUGUAUGGCGAAUAGGAACGCGCGUUUAUAGUUAUCACCGCGGUGGUGUGUUGUGACAUUAUUACGUUUCUCGUUCGGCGGACCUUCACAUCAUAAUAUUAUUACUAUACUUUCAACGUCGCUUCUAUAUAUAAUACGAGUAUGUGACUCCGGAAUCGACCGAUUUCCCGUGAAAAAAAAUAAACUAGACAAAAAUUCCGGCGCGCGCGGACGCCGAUUAGGUGUUCUAUGAUGAUUUGCGAAAGUUGAGCAUUUAAUUUCAAAACCUUACCUGACCUAUUUUUUGCUUUUAUAUCAUUUCUUUGUAGACAAAGCUAGCUACGAUGAUAUUAUAUAACCGGCGCGUUAAAAUUCGAGAUUCUAUAUAAUAAUAACAGUGGAAUCCGUACGCAGUUUAUUUGAAACAAUAUUUUACUCUAAAUAGAAUUAGAAUAAUGAUUUUGUGGCGAAUCGAUUUAAAAUGAAUUUCGAUUGAAAAAAUUAUCCAUAAAUUUGAGGGGGGAGCUCUCGAGCCCUUAAGCUCUCCAACUUCCGAGUCUCGGUCAAAUCAAAAAUCUCGUUUUACAUUGUGACUGUGAUAUACCUGAUGAUGGAUUUUUAAUUCGAAAACGGUCGUAUAAUACACUUAUCAUAAUACUCCAACCGACGCAUUCAUUCGUUUAUUUAUUUUUUAUUUUUAUAUACUAAUUUUAUAUAUAUUUAUUUAUUUAUUUACUUUAUUUAAAUAAAAAAUGUUCAUGAUGAAAAAAAUAGUCAUUAAUAAAAUGGCUGGAUAAGAAUAUGGCCAAAUACAAAAACGGGCCUGGAAAAGAUAUCUUAUGUUUUCGCCAUUUUUGUUUUUGGGUAUAUUUUCCUUUGGUCACACUUUCCUUUAUUUUAGUAUAUGGCCAAUUUUUCUAUGGCUCUUUUUGAUUUUUCCAUUAUCAUCGGCUAUACCAAAUUAUAGUACUUACUUAUAAUAAAUAUCUAGUAACUACCUAAUUUACUACUACCUAUUUUUAGUAUACUUAAGGUACUUAAAAUAUUUUCAGGCAUAACGGACUAUUGCGAUUGUAAUUUUCUUUCCAGUUUAAUUUUCCUCGAUAAUUGUAUGCGAAAAAUAGCAUUUUGUAUCCUAUAAGCCAUUUUAAUAUUUGAAUAAACCACAUUAAAUAAAUCAAAAUUAGUAAUCGUUCUCGCGAACUGCAGUUAAAACACAACUUGAAAUUUACAUUCUAACAAAACUAUACCUAUCUACCUACCGUUCGUUUGCAUAUUAUCCUAUUGUUGAAUGUAAAUACGUGCCCAACGGUGUUAUUGUUUGUUGCAGGUUUUUAUCAGAUUAAUAAUUAUUGAAACAAAAAUGUUCUGUUACCUUUAAAUUAUAAUUUACGAUAUUUGAACACCAGCUGCGAAUUGUAAACUGUGUAAAUUUAUCACGGUAUAUUGUGUUAUACAAAAUAUUAUCUCGUUUUCAUUUCAUUAAAUUGUAGCAAACUCAGUGACGAUUCUAACGUCAAGUUUAGUAGGCCAAAGCCCCUAGGGCGUCAGAUAUGUUUUAAAUGAUUUUUUUUUUAAAUCUGUCGCUAGUAAACAUAGUAUUGAAUGAUGUAUAACUAUUUAAAAAAAAUGAGGUAGAAGGGUGACCACGUGACUGUUCUGGAAAUCUAUUAGUCUAUGUAGAGGUGGCAAAAACUUAAAUAAAUCAUUGAGUAGUUGCUUGUUGAAAAUGUUUUUGAGGUGCCAUCACGGUUCCGUAUAAAUUAAGGCGGGUAAGUUGGGUAAAACAAAACACGCAGGAUAAUAUUUAAUAACAGUGUACAUUUAAUUAUCACUAUGUAAUAAUAAUUGAAUAAUCAAAUGAGUUUAAUGAAAAAGGAACUUUUAAAACGUUAUAACACAUACGUGACACGUAUAUUAUAUCCAGAUUUCGGAAGUUCUUGGACCUUUUUGUAGGUAUUUUCGAAUAAAAUGAGUAGGGUGGAUGGUAAAUAUAAAAGGUUAAGUUAGGUAACUCGGGGCGUCUCGGGUAAAAUAAUUCAAAACCCCGUUUCCGCCGAGUACAUUAUUAUAGGGAGAGUUUUGGAAUAAAAACUCCAAAUAUUUAGGAAAACAAAACAAUUUUAAAGAUUUGUUAACGUGUUUUUUUUUUACAGGCUCUAACCAUCAUCAUAUUCGUGUUGCAUUACAACAGUUUCCCAGGCGGUAAUGUCUCGACAGUGAUGAUCACAACCGGGACGUACGUCGGUUACGUGAUUAUUUUGGCGGGCAUUUUCAUCGGACUCUUCACAGGCACACCGAUCAGCUCUAAAUUGGUAAUAAAUCCUAAAAGUGUAUUAGGUAUCGAAUUAGUGCGUGUUUCACAUUGUACAAAACAAAAACAAAAAAAAAAUACUCUUGUUUGUAAUAACUAUCUUAUAAUAUUAUUUUAUGGGCAGCGAAAAAAAUGACAUGUUCUGCCUUGACAGAACUGUUACAAUAAAUACCGUAUAAGUACGGUAGGAAAAUGGUUUGAAUUUUCAAAAAAAAUUGAAAUUAAAUUUUUAAAUUUGAAUUAUCUUUAUCGUUAUUAAAUGACCAAAUACUUUUAAGUAUAUUUUCGAAAAUAAUUAAUUUAAUUAAUAAAUAAUUAUUUUUUUUAAUUUCCAGUAAAAUAGUUAAAUUUCUAUUUCCAAACAUAUCCCAGUAAAGAACCUAAAGAAUCAUAAUUCGUUUUCAACAUUGAAAUCCGUCAAAUACAAUCCCUACAGUUUUUUCUUGGCUUUUGGAUGUGAAUCGACUAAAAUAUACACCGUCACCACUCCCGUUAACGAAUGACUUUUAAUUAUUUCAGGACAUGUUCUACGUGUUGAUCGGCGCAGCUCUGUACAUUUCUUCGGGAGUGAUGUCUUACACCUAUUACGAUGGGUUCACUCUGAAGUCGUCAUACGUCACCACCGGCAUGACAAAGGCGUGGCUGUCCAUCCUUAACGGUGUCGUGUUCGUGGUCGACGCCGCGUUCACAUACCGUGGAGAAUGAUCUGCGCAUAAUUUUAAUUUUUGUUUAAAUAUUAUUAUUACGCCCAGAGAAAUUUAUCACGAUCCUCAUGAAUACAAAAAAAAAAAAAAAAAAAAAAAAAAAAAACCAAGUAUAAAAGUUCAGAAAUAAAUAUAAAAAUACUUUUACAAAAACACUGUGUACUAUACACGUUCGUCUCGCAGUAUUGUCUUUUUUUUCUAUAAUAUUUAAUGAUGAUAAGAGUAAAAACAAAAAAAAAUCACAGCGUUCUGCAAACAAAUACAAUAUUUGCCAUGUAAAUUAAAUUCUUCCGCGAUAAAAAUACUGCUGCGGUAAUAAAUAAAACAAAUCUUUUUUUUUGUACCUUAACCAUUUCGAAAUCGGUCCAUUAUUAUUAUCAUAUACCACGUAUAAAAAACGUACUUUUAUUAUUAUUAUUAUAAAUGAUUGUACGUCUGUAAAAAAUAAUAUACGAUUUAUCAAUAUUAUCACGCGACAGGAAUGUUUAAUCCGUUUAUACACCUAGGUAUAUUAUAUUUAUUUCCAUUUAAUUUAAUUUUUUUUUAUUAAUUAUAAGAUAAGAUAAGAUAAGAUACUUAUAUAUUAUGAAUAAACUAUUAGGCGUGUUUAACUCUGUCUACCUAUCUACCUAAUAUUACAAAUAUAAUUUAUGUUUUUCAAAUUUCAAUUUUAAGAAAUAUACUUAUCUCCGGAUAGUAUAUAUGUAUACAUAUAUAUUUUUUUUUUUUUUGAAAUCCAUUGGAACGCAGUACAUUAAUUAAUAAUAUUGAUUCGAUUUAAAUUUAUACCAAAAAUAAUAAUAGAUUAUAAUGUUAUUAAAUGCACAUAAUGCGAAAUAGAUUUUAUAAUGUUUAUUUAACCGUUUUCUAAUGAUAUAGUUUAUUUUUAAUGUAUAUUAUAAAUACUUAUCGUUCUGUCCACUGUAAAACGUUUUACAUAUUAUAUAGUAUUUUAAUAUAUUUUUUAUCAGUUCAGUUUAUAUUUAUUACAUAUAUUUUUGUUAAUAUUUGUUCAGUCUAUAGAUUGGAUGAAUGAUGAUGAUUGAGUGAAUAUUCCUCCACUCUUCUCUAUUCGCAGCGACUUCUAUUGUAGGGCCCUUUUCCUGUAUCAAUAUCCAACAUAAUAAUUUGUAUCAUUAAUGAAACAAAUUGUUUUGAUUUUACUCUCACCAGUUUCUCAUCGAUUCGCCUCUUUUCUAUCAACGGUUGUCGUCUAUAUUACAUACGUAUAUACUAUCGUUCAUCAUAAUAUGGUACACCACAUUUAUCUGAAUGAUUUUCAAUAAGCUUCGCUAGCAUCAAAUACUGAAAGCCUUUAUUUUUUGUCCGCUUUUAGUAUUGCAUGUCCAUGACUACUUCUAUACAAUGCAAUGCUUCAAACCGUUGUUUUUAUCAAUGUUUUUUUAAUAUUAAUGUCAAUUAUUAUUGUGUUGAACAGUAUUUGUUAUAUGAUGCUAUUUGAAUCCUUGCCCAUGCUAAAAUUUACUUUUAAAUAUUAUUAUGCAUACCAACGCAACUUUUAUAAAGUGUUUUGGAGUUUUUGAAAAAAAAAAUAUAUAUAUAUUAACUUGUGUAGUACAUAUGUGAAUAACAAGGAUGGAAUACAAUCCUCAAUAAGGAAAGUUGAUCAUUCAUCAAUUUUAUUUUUGAUAUUUACUAUAUUCGAUAUUAUUAUAAUUUGUAUGUUUGACAAGAUCAUAACUUAAUAUUUUAUUAGCAUUAAUCAAAAAUUCAUUUAUUUCAUUUUAUUUUUUUUUGUAAAUAAUAUUGACACUAUUGAGCAAAUACUACUAAUAACUAUUUAAUUCUUUGUGAACAAAUUACUAUAAUUUAAUAGUAAUAUUUCUCUUUUUUGCUGAUUAAGUUAGUUAAUAAACAACAGUUACUCAAAAAAAAAAUAUCUCUCACUGGAUAGUUAAAUAGGUACCUAGGUAUAUUUUUUUUAAGAUAUAGAUAUAUAAGUUCAUAUAAAUUACAAAUUUUUAAAACAUAAUAUAGAUAAGUAUAUUUUAAUAAUUAAACAUGAUCAAAAAACAGUAAUCAUAAAAAAAAAAAAAUAAAAAAAAUAUCAGGAAAUUGGACUUGUUUUAUACUGGUUGGAAGUUAAAAUAAAUUAUUUCGAAAUUUUUUUAAUUAUAUGAUGUUUGUACAACUAUAAGAGAUGGUUAAUAAUGUAUAAUGCUAACCAAAAACCAGAUAUGCAUGAAAACAAAAAUAAAAAUUUUUUUGGCAAUUUUAUAUUGGUUUUUAAUAUAUUAAUUUAGGUUUGUCAGACAUGUAUUUAUAAACGAUGAUAGUUAAAAGAAAAUUUUUAAUGUUUAUUUUUAAUUUUACUUUAUUUUUGAGAGCUCUGUGUACCACUAAAUAUUUAAAGUGGAAUAUUUCUGAACCUUUUAUUUAAUAAAUUCUAACGAUAUCGAACAUGGUCCCAUAAAUAUUGUGAGAUGGUUUUUUUUUUUUUAUAUUAUUGUUUCAUGUAACGCUAGCAUAUCGGUUUAAGAACUUUUGAUUUUUUUUUUUAGAAAAAUUUUAAUAAUUACCUAACAAUAUAUAAUAAUUUCGAUGUAGGGUUUGUAAAAGUGGUUUUCUUAAGUUGUGUUAUGUGUUUAUUGUAGUAAUACAAACAAAUUAAGAAAAGUAAAGGUUACAGAAAUAUAAUUUAAUAAUGGGUUGGUAGCUAUAUAGUAACUCAAAACAGGAAUAGGUCUAUAUUAGCUAUAAAAUCAUCUCAUUAUUUGUGGUAACAAAUAAUAAAUAAUUGUUUUAAUAUAUCAUAAGUUCAACUUACUGAUUAUAUUACCACCUUCCUUCUGAUAUUUGGUGUGAUUCGGAUUCAUAAAUCCGAGAAUGGUAACGAAAUCAAUAAAUUAAAACUAUAACGGCGUUGGAACAUUAGGGUCAGAUAUAUCCUUGUAUAGAAGAUAGAACUUAGGGUCAGAUUUAAUUUAUAUUUGUUUAAGAGUAUAUAUGCAUAAUCUUUUUAUUUUAUUAUUUA